CCCGCCAGAUGGUAUAGUCUUUGAAUGGUCGUGGAUAUUUGUAAACAUUUCACAAUGCAAUGUGAAUAUUUGGACGGCGAAUGUAAUUUUAAAUGGAUUGGAGACGGUUUCAGGACAGACAGAAGGAAAAAGGAUGAAUUACAUUAUCGAGCGUUUCAGUCGGAUAGUUUCCACGUGGACAUUGAAGAUUUCGUUCUGAUUCGCAACGACGACAGCUUGUAUCCAGAGAGCGUGGAGCAUUGCUUCAUUGCACAGGUGAAAGAUUUAUAUGAGAAAGGUCAAAAUUCUAGCAUUUCAUAUCUGGCGGAAGUGCAGUGGUAUUCACGAAUUACUGACAUACCCCCACACCAUCAGCGCAGACUGAGGGAAGUUAGCUAUAAACAAGAACUUAUACAAGAACAUAGAAAAUACUGGUCUUCUACAAUUGAUAUCGAAACUAUAUUUGGAAAAUGUGUGGUUGUGAUAUUGCCUCUGAAUGUGUCUGGGAAAUCUUUUUGGGCAGAAAACUUCGAUGAGGAGAAUCCAAUUUAUUAUUGCAAAUGGAAAUUUGAUGGAUCAAAUUUCGAGCCUGCCUAUGCGGGUGACGGAAAGAUGGAAAACGUAAAACGUAAAAUGAGUUUAUCACGAAAGUGUAAAGUGCGACGUUCUGACGAUAAUUUUGAUCAGCUUAGUACAGUUUCUUCGGAAAUUGAAUUGCUAGUGCCAAAAAGUGUCAUCAUGAACAGAUAUAAGAACUCGUGUUCCAAUAAAUGUACUUCUGAAACCAGACAGAAACGUUCGAAAUGCAACAGUGUCGAUUCUUUGAAUUACACUAAACUUAAAAGAAGCAAGAGGAAAAUCAAAACAGAAGACGAUAGUAUCGAAGACGAAUUAAUGAAAUCUAUGUCUUCGGAAUCGCAGAAUCUUUCGCAAAUUACUUUGGAGGAUUUGUCCGAAGUCGAGAAUAAACUAUCGGUUCCUGUUAAAAAUAAAACUGCUGUAAAAGACAAAAGAUCAAAACACAGAUCAUGCCGAGAAGAAAGGGAAAAAGUCACGGAUGGAUCUAUAAACUACGAUGGCAUUGAAAAUAUCAAAGCAUGUUCCGUGAAGUUGAUACCUACCGAGAGAAUUCUAUCGAAUGGCACGAAAAUAAAGAAAGAGGAUUUUGAUGUUACAACGGCAGAUGACAAUACGAAAACGGUUAGAAGUGUUACGAGAUCGGGAAGAAAAGUUCGUCCUGUCGAGCGCUUGCACAUGACCACGGAUUCAGGGAUAACCAUCAGAAAUGAGUUAUUUGAAAUUGAUUUGGAUGAUUUUGAAGUCAGUAGUGACGAUUACGAAAUGUCGACUUCCGAGAGUGAAGACAGUGUCACAAGCUAUGAUUCACCUGUAAAGAAAGAUAAGAAUUUUACAAAAACUAAAUGUUCACCAAAUAACAGGAGGAGUAAAAUUAAUGUCAAAGAGUUUGUAGCAUCAUUUAGGCGUGAAAAACCAAUAAUAGAAUUGAAGAAUCCUUUAGAAGAAGCCAGAAGAAAACUUCACGUGUCGGCAGUUCCGGAUUCGCUUCCGUGCAGAGAAUACGAGUUUUCUGAUAUUUAUUCUUUUGUAGAAGGAAAGCUAUUGGACGGAACUGGAGGAUGCAUGUAUAUAUCUGGAGUUCCUGGCACUGGAAAAACUGCCACGGUUCUUGAAGUUAUCAGAUAUCUUAAGAAGGCACAAGAUAGUGGGGAUCUUCCCGAUUUUCAUUUUGUGGAAAUUAAUGGAAUGCGAAUGACAGAUCCUCACCAGUGUUAUGUUCAAUUAUUGAAGGAGCUCACUGGUCAGACUUUAACUCCUAGUCAUGCGGCCGACAUGUUAGAGAAGCGAUUCCAUAAAGGAGGGCAUAGAAAGGAAGCAGUGGUAGUGAUGGUCGACGAGUUAGAUUUAUUAUGGACUCGUAAGCAGGCAGUAAUGUAUAAUCUAUUUGAUUGGCCGAGUCGUCCCUCUUCGAAAUUGAUCGUCGUUGCCAUUGCCAAUACGAUGGAUCUUCCAGAGAGAAUGCUUAUGAACCGUGUUGUCAGUCGAUUGGGACUCACCAGAAUGACUUUCCAGCCAUAUACACACCAACAGCUUCAAGAGAUUCUGCUCUCGAGAAUGAGUAUGUCUCGAGCAUUUGAUCCCGAUGCCAUUCAGUUAGCAGCCAGAAAGGUAGCAGCAGUCUCAGGCGACGCAAGACGAGCCUUGGAUAUAUGCAGGAGGGCUACAGAAAUAGCUGAAAGGGAAACGGCGGGUAUAAAGCCCUCCUGUCUUGUCGGAAUGAUUCACAUUGAGAAAGCUCUAAGGGAAAUGUUUUCCUCUCCAGCAAUCCUGGCCAUAAAGUCGUUAACUCUGCACGAAAAAAUAUUUUUAAAAUCAUUAAUGGCAGAAUUUCAGAGAACGGGAGUAGAGGAGGCUACAUUUUCUCAAGUAUUUCGACAGCACAUCUCGUACUGCAGAUUUGAAGGUAUCGGUCCUCCCACUACGUCCGAAGCCAGCUCGAUAUGCAUGAAACUGGGAAGCUGCAGACUACUUCUGGUGGAAGACGGCCGCUGCGACUUGUACCAAAGAAUUCGCGUCAACGUUUCCAUCGAUGACAUUCGAUAUGCACUGAAAGAGGACGAAUGUUAAAUUUGUAUUCAACUAUUUUUGUAAAUAUGUAAAUGAAAAUUUGAUAUUUUUAAAAUUUUA